GUACGAGGCGGGAGAGGAGGGCUCAUCUCUCCUCCCGGCACUCCGCCAUGGGCAAUAUCUCCAAUGACUCCUUGCCGAACGACUGCAGGUCUCUGGAGUGGCUCCGCUCCGGCGAAAGCCCGGCCAUCAGCUCGGUGAUGUUCUCGGCCGGGGUGCUGGGGAACCUCAUCGCGCUGGCGCUGCUGGCGCGCCGCUGGCUGGGGGACGCGGGACGCAGCGCAGGACGCGGCAACUCUAUCUCCCUGUUCCACGUGCUGGUGACAGAGCUGGUGUUCACCGACCUGCUUGGGACCUGCCUCAUCAGCCCGGUGGUGCUGGCUUCCUACGCUCGGAACCAGACCCUGGUGGCACUGGCGCCUAAGCGCCGCGCGUGCACCUACUUCGCCUUCGCCAUGACCUUCUUCAGCCUGGCCACGAUGCUCAUGCUCUUCGCCAUGGCCCUGGAGCGCUACCUAGCCAUCGGGCACCCCUACUUCUACCAGCGCUGGGUUACGCGCCGAGGCGGCCUGGCUGUGCUGCCCGCCAUCUACACGGUCUCUCUGCUCUUUUGCUCCCUGCCGUUGCUGGACUCCAAGCAGUACGUGCAGUACUGCCCCGGGACGUGGUGCUUCAUCCAGCCCGAGGAGACCACGUACCUGCAGCUGUACGCCACCGUGCUACUGCUCCUCAUCGUCGCGGUGCUCGCCUGCAACUUCAGUGUCAUCCUCAACCUCAUCCGCAUGCACCGUCGGAGCAGGAGAAGUCGCUGCGGACCCUCCUUGGGCAGCUGCCGGGAUGGCCCUGGGACCCGCAGGAGAGGGGAAAGGGUGUCCAUGGCGGAGGAGACGGACCACCUCAUUCUCCUGGCCAUUAUGACCAUCACCUUUGCGGUCUGCUCCUUGCCUUUCACGAUUUUUGCAUAUAUGGAUGAAACCGCCCAAAAAAACAAGUGGGACCUCCAAGCUCUUAGAUUUUUAUCAAUCAAUUCAAUAAUUGACCCUUGGGUCUUUGCCAUCCUUAGGCCUCCUGUUCUGAGACUAAUGCGUUCAGUCCUCUGUUGUCGGGUUUCGUUAAGAACACAAGAUGCAGCACCAACUUCCUGUUCUCUACAGUCCAAUGCCAGUAAAUAGAUUAACCUUUGUCGACAAUAGUUAAGAAGUGCUUCAUUAGCCAGCAUCUGGAAGAUCAUUUUGAAAUGGCUGCUUGGAGAAAUGAAAAAAGU